AUGGCUCCGGCUCCGGCUCUGGUUCUGGUUCUGUUGGUGGCUCUGGCUCUGGCUCUGGCUCUGGCUCUGGUUCUGGCUCUAUCGGCGGAUCCGGCUCCGGUACUGGUGCUGGUGCUGCGACCACCCCUUGGCGGUUCUUCUCCCAGCGCUCCUGCCGGUAACAACGGCGGCUCUCCUAGCGGUGCUUCUCCUACCGGUGGUGUUCCUAGCGGCAGCUCCAGCGGUUCUUCCGGCAGCUCCAGCGGUUCUUCCAGCGGCUCCGGCUCUAGUGGUUCUUCUGGCAGCUCUAACGGCUCCGGCUCCGGCUCCAGCGGCAGCUCCAGCGGUUCUUCCGGCAGCUCCAGCGGUUCUUCCAGCGGCUCCGGCUCCAGCGGCAGCUCCAGCGGUUCUUCUGGCAGCUCCAACGGCUCCGGCUCCAGCGGCAGCUCUAGCGGCUCUUCUGGCUCUUCUCCCAACGGCGGCUCCAACGGUGCUUCUCCUAGCGGUGCCAGUGCUGAGUCUGCCACUACUCCUUGUGACACCAUUGUCAGCGAGACUGUUAUCCCUGUUGCUACCAACACUGCGGGUGGCUCUGUUCCCACCGCUCCUGCUCAGACUGGUGCUGUGCCCACUGGCACCGUCCCCGCUGGCGGUGCUGCUCCUUCCGGUGCCGCUCCCUCGAGUGGUGCUCCCUCGGGUGGUGCUGCCGGCGGUGCUGGUGGUGAUGCCUCCGCCACUCCCUGCGAAACCUCCGUUAGCGAGACCGUCGUUCCUGUCGGUACCCAGACUGUGGGUGGCUCUGGCGCCGCUCCUUCUGGUGGCGCCGCUGGUGGUGAGGCUCCCUCUGGUGUUGCCAGCGUUCCUGCUGUCCCUACUUCCAGCACUGUCCCUGAGGGCGCCAGCGCUGACUCCACCACCACUCCUUGCGACACCCUCGUUACUGAGACUGUCAUCCCUGUUGCUACUCAGACUGAGGGCUCUCCUGCCCCCAGCGGCACCGCCGCUGAGGGAGGCUCCGCCCCCCAGAUCACCACCGCCCCUGUCGCAGGCUCGGGCUCCGGCUCGGGCUCUGACGUGGUCACUGUCACUGUCACCACCACUGUGAGCGUCGCUGCUUGCGAGUAA